GUACAAGUGACCCAUACGUGAAGUUUAAACUAAAUGGGAAAACUCUAUACAAAAGUAAGGUAGUCUACAAGAACCUCAACCCAGUUUGGGAUGAGACUGUUGUACUGCCCGUACAGACCCUCGAUCAAAAACUCUGGAUCAAGGUGUACGAUCGGGAUUUAACCUCUUCAGACUUCAUGGGUUCGGCAUUUGUAGCACUCGCUGAACUUGAACUCAAUAGAACUACUGAACAGGUUUUAAAACUGGAAGAUCCCAACAGUUUAGAAGAUGACAUGGGAGUGAUUGUAUUAAACUUGAGUCUGGCAGUCAAGCAAGGAGACUUCAAGAGAAAUAGGUGGUCAAGUCGGAAGAAACGAACUUCAUCUAAGUCGAGCUUCAUGCGGAGCAUGCGACUCUCCGACUCUUUGCGCAAGAACCAGUUGUGGAACGGGCUGGUCACCAUCACGCUCCUGGAGGGGAAAAACAUGCCCGGAGGGGGCUUGGCAGAGAUUUUUAUUCUCCUCAAACUGGGAGAUCAAAGAUACAAGAGUAAGACACUGUGUAAGAGUGCAAAUCCUCAGUGGAGGGAACAGUUUGAUUUUCACUACUUCUCUGACAGGAAGGAUAUGUUGGACAUCGAGGUCUGGAGAAAGGAUAACAAAAAGCAUGAGGAGCUUUUGGGAACGUGCCAAGUUGACAUUACUGCCCUGCCGACGAAGCAGACCAAUUGCUUAGAGCUGCCUCUGGAAAAACACCCAGGGUCCCUGCUAAUGCUGAUUGCUGUUGCCCCAUGUACAGGAGUGUCUAUCUCCGAUCUGUGUGUCUGCCCUUUGGGAGACCCCAGUGAAAGGCAACAGAUUUCACGACGUUAUUGUAUAAAGAACUCCUUUCAGGACACAAAGGACAUUGGAUUCUUACAAGUCAAAGUUUUAAAGGCGGUGGACCUGUUGGCAGCAGAUUUUGCAGGUAAAAGUGAUCCUUUCUGUGUAUUAGAGCUGGGAAACGACAGUCUUCAAACACACACUGUUUACAAGAACCUCAAUCCAGAGUGGAACAAAGUUUUCACGUUCCCUAUUAAAGAUAUUCAUGAUGUUUUGGAAGUGACAGUGUUUGAUGAAGAUGGAGAUAAACCCCCUGAUUUUCUUGGAAAAGUUGCAAUCCCUUUGCUGUCUAUUAGAAACGGUAAACAAAGUUGUUACACGCUGAAGAAUAAAGACUUGGAAUGUGCUUCAAAAGGAGUAAUUUACUUGGAGCUGGAUGUCCUAUUUAAUCCUGUAAAAGCAAGUAUUAGAACAUUCAAACCCCGAGAAAAGCGCUUCACUGAGGAGAACCGCAAGUUUUCUAAAAAGAUCUUAUCAAGAAAUGUUGAUCGUGUGAAAAAAAUCACCAUGGCAAUAUGGAAUACAAUACAAUUCCUUCGGAGCUGCUUUCUCUGGGAGUCCACCGUAAAGAGCGUGAUAGCAUUUGUGGUAAGUGGAUUUCUUCUAUUGCAUGAGGCUAAGUGA